AUGCCUCGCCCCGGAGACGGCUCCAGCCACAACGGCCCCUUUGACAAGUUCGGCCACGGCAUCGCCCACGGCGUGGGACCCGCCGACACGUCCAAGGUCCCGAGGGCCGACAAGACGGCGCCCCUGCCCGAAGGUCUCGAGGAACACGGUGCCGGGCUCAAGGAUGCGAACGCAAGCGGUGGCCAGAGCCAGGGCCUGAAGAAGGGCAGCGACGUGGGCCAGGGCGGGCGGCACAUGUAG